AAAAAUACGGAUAAUUGGGAAAUAUUCUUUCAUCUCAAUAUUUCUCUUCAUCUCAAAUCGGAGUCUAUCAUGAGAAGCUGAGAAAGUAGUGUCUCUCAGAAGCUCAAAGCUUCUCAUCAAUAAUCCUCCAUGGCUAAGACACUCAUCUCCUCUCCCUCCUUCAUCGGAACUCCACUCCCCUCCCUCCACCGCCACCGCUUCCUCCACCGCCCUGCCAGACUCAAAGUCAACUUCAGCCUCCACCAGAUUCCACCAAUCCACUCCCUCACCCACUCUUUCCACUUCGAUGAAGUCGUCGCCAGAGCCGAAGGCCUUCUCUACACGCUCGCCGACGCUGCUGUCGCCACCGCCGACUCUGCUGCCACCGCCACCGGGACUUCCACCGAUGCCGCCGCCGACACCGUGCAGAAGAACGGAGGCUGGUUCGGAUUCAUCUCCGAAGCCAUGGAGUUUGUUCUCAAGGUGUUAAAGGAUGGUCUUUCUGCUGUGCAUGUACCUUAUGCAUAUGGAUUUGCUAUCAUAUUGCUCACAGUUGUGGUUAAGGCUGCUACACUUCCCUUGACAAAGCAACAGGUUGAAUCAACACUCGCUAUGCAAAAUCUUCAACCAAAAAUUAAGGCCAUUCAAGAAAGAUAUGCCGGCAAUCAGGAAAGAAUACAACUUGAGACAUCAAGGCUAUAUAGGCAGGCUGGGGUUAACCCAUUGGCAGGUUGUUUACCAACAUUGGCUACAAUUCCAGUAUGGAUUGGUCUUUACCAAGCUUUAUCAAAUGUUGCAAAUGAGGGAUUGUUAACAGAAGGUUUCUUUUGGAUCCCAUCUCUUGGAGGUCCUACUACCAUAGCUGCUAGACAAAGUGGAGCUGGAAUUUCUUGGCUUUUCCCUUUUGUGGAUGGUCAUCCACCAUUGGGUUGGCACGAUACUGCAGCAUAUCUUGUUUUACCUAUUCUUCUUGUUGUUUCUCAAUACGUCUCCAUGGAAGUCAUGAAGCCACCUCAGACGAAUGAUCCUACCCAAAAGAAUACACUUCUUAUUUUCAAGUUUCUUCCACUCAUGAUUGGUUACUUCUCUCUCUCUGUUCCAUCCGGGCUAACAAUUUACUGGUUUACAAACAAUGUCCUGAGCACAGCUCAACAAGUAUGGUUGCGCAAAUUAGGAGGUGCAAAACCUGUUGUAGAUGAAAAUGCUGGUGGAAUUAUCACAGCAGGACGUGCUAAAAGAUCAGCUUCCCAGCCAGCUAAAGCUGGUGAAAGAUUUAGGCAGCUAAAAGAAGAGGACAAAAAGAAAAAGUCAAGCAAGGCACUACCAGUGGAAGAAGUUCAACCUUUGGCAUCUACUACUGAUUCUGAUGAUGGCUCAGAUGAAGAGAGUAACAAGGGUUCAGAAGCUGCACAAGAAGAAGCAUAUGCUUCUACACUUGGCAAAGAUUCUAGGGAAAGAAGAAGCAAGCGCUCGAAACGGAAGCGGGCUGUAUAAAAGGACCACAUAAGGUUGUUUGUAGCUUAUAGUUAGUCUUGUAUAUUCAAUAGAUUGCAUUGCACCAUUUUUGGAUUGGCCAUUCAAUUGAAUAUGUAAUUUUAAUCCUGCAAAAUAUCUGUUUUGUUUAAGUGAUGUUUCACAUUUUAGCUAACGCAAAUGUAGCUAGCCUUUUGAGAAUUUGAA